UCGUUGAUCAAUUUGUGGCUUCGACUCCGACAAUUGAACCAGGCGUUGGGAAGUGCAGUUGGCAGUCAAAACUCAUUUCUAUCUUAACAGCUGCCGAUAAUGCCGACAAAACUCAUCAAUUAGGCGUUGACUACGAUGAUGGAGAGGAAUAUGUACAAAGAAAAAGAGCAACUUUUUGUACCACAUUCGAAAGAGAAUUCGGCAAGCCCAGAACCGAAGGUAAGAACUACACCGAAGAAGAAAUCCCGGUCCACUUGGAAAAACUUUUGGACCAAACUAAUGGCGCUAGCACCGUACAUGUGGCCCAAAAAGGCUAUUUAUAGAAACCUCCAAAUCCGCAUUAUCUUGUGUUUUUUCCUCCUGGGUAUAGGGAGGGUCAUCAACCUCUAUAUCCCCAUUUAUAAUAAGAUCAUAGUUGACUCGUUGACAAAUCUCGACGCCGUUGCCUACAGAUGGGACUGGAUUGUGAUCUACGUCUCUCUAAAGUUCUUACAGGGGGGUGGUUUGGACACGUUGGGCUUCCUCAACGACCUCAGGUCCCUUUUGUGGGUGGCAGUACAGCAAUAUACCAGCAGAGAAGUGAAGGUUACAUUGUUCCGCCACCUACACGGACUUUCUUUAAGCUGGCACCUCAACAGGAAAACAGGGGAGGUACUCCGGGUCAUGGAUCGCGGCACCGAAAGUGUCGACAAUCUGAUAAACGUCAUAUUUUUUUCCUUAGCGCCGGCGGUCAUCGAUAUCCUCAUUGCCGUGAUUUAUUUGUGCACCGCAUUCAACUACUGGUUCGGCAUCACAGUCUUGACAACGUUGGUGAUGUACGUUGCUGUGACUGUAAUCCUGAUCGAAUCGAGGUCUGACAUUCGUAGGGCAAUGAACGAAGCGGACAACAAGCGUAGAGGUAGAAGCGUCGACUCUCUACUGAAUUUCGAAACCGUGAAGUAUUACAACGCGGAAAAUUACGAGGUCGAAACAUUUAACGGAGAACUGCUCAAGUUUCAAGGGAAACAAUUGAAAGCGAAUCUGACGCUAAACAUUCUACACUGCUCUCAAAAUGUUGUGCUCUGCGCGGGUCUGCUAGCCGGAUCUUUAAUGGCCGCGCGUAUGGCCACGGAAACAUCUACCUCAACCGUCGGCGACUACGUCAUGUUCUUGUCUUACGUCGUGCAAUUAUACGGUCCCUUGAAUAUGUUCGGCUUCCACUAUAGGCAAAUCCAAAACAGUUUCGUCGAUAUGGAGAACAUGCUCGACUUGUUAGAGCAAGAACCGGCGAUCGUCGACUGCCCAGACGCCACAUCUCUAGAUGUCAACGGGGGAGCCAUUCAAUUUGAAAGGGUUACGUUUGGUUACGUGUCCGAGGAGAUCGUUUUGAAGGAAGUCAGCUUUUCCUUAAUGCAGGGCCAAACAGUCGCCUUGGUAGGUCCGUCGGGGAGCGGGAAAAGCACCAUCUUGAGACUGCUUUUCCGUUUCUACGACGCGGAUGCGGGAUCAAUCAAACUCGACGGUCAGAAUAUUGAACACGUGUCCCAAAAUUCGCUGCGCAAGGCAAUUGGAGUGGUGCCACAGGACACGGUGCUGUUUAACAAUACCGUUAAGUUUAAUAUCAAAUACGGCAGGAUGGACGCAUCGGACGCAGACGUAAUCGAGGCUUCCAAAGGGGCGGAUAUUCACGACAGAAUUAUGACGUUUCCAGAGGCGUACGGCACAAUAGUAGGCGAGAGGGGCUUGCGCUUGAGCGGAGGCGAGAAGCAGAGGGUGGCGAUCGCGAGGACAUUGCUCAAGGCUCCCGAGAUAGUACUGCUAGACGAGGCGACGAGUUCCUUGGACACCCACGCUGAAAGAAACAUCCAAGCGUCGCUGAGGAAGUUAUGCGAGCACAGGACCACCCUUAUAGUAGCUCACAGACUCUCCACUGUGAUACACGCGGACGAAAUUUUGGUGCUGAAGGACGGGGAGGUCGUGGAAAGAGGAAGGCACUCCGAACUUGUAGAGAAGGAGGGGUUAUACUGCGACAUGUGGAAGCGGCAACUGGAUAGUGGUCUGGAGUAACCAGUAUGGCUCGACGCUAUGUUUUUUUUUUGUACAGAAUAAAUUAGAAAAAUUAAAUGUUUCAAUAACUGGAGUUAAGGUUUACUUUA